GUUUUAAGCCACACCUGUUUUUGUAAAACGCGGGUAGAGAGUUUGUGUUACUUCUUGAACCAUCAACUUACCUUUUGGCUAGGCAGACAGAGACAUACAGGAAGAACUUCAGAAUGCCUUUGAAGAUAGGUGGUGAAAGCGCAUGAAUUAAUAAAGCUUCCCCCAGGGCAAAAAUGUAAGCAACUUGACAACAUUGGCUUCAGCUAAUUGACAUCGUGCGAACUUGUGCUAGAUGAUCAUGUCUUCGAAGAAACAUCUCUUGUACUAGAGAAGAUGGGGUGUGGAGCGUCCAAAAGCGCCAACGCGAGAAAUGAUUCCAAUAUCGAUGAAGUAGAAGCCGUUACGACCAGUGUCACUCAAAUCAGAGACAUGGCACCUGCUGAAGUGGCCGAUACCGGGGCUCACCCUCCUCGCAGAGAUGAUCCAAUUCGUCGGAAUGUUUAUUACCAGGCGGCGACAACUCUCAGUUUACCCGGAGUGGUACCAGAAUCCAAUUUCGGGGACGGUCGGUGGAGAAUUCUUCUUCCCUUUUUAUACAAUUUUUCCUCAGAAGGAGCUGAAAAAAUCUCUUUUCUUUCAGAUGCCGACGCCAACAGACUCUCAUCACAUUCCAGAAGAGGCGAAAGCCUCAUCAAAAUGCAUCCGCCAAAGAAACCUCAGAGGUUAGAAGAUUCGGACAUUUUGAAAAUAAAGCCAAUUGAACCCGAUGUCGAGAUUACAAAUGCAGAUGAUUAGUAUGGUUCUCUCUAUGGUAUGCCAGAAUAAGGGUUCUCUUCAAACAUAGGAUGGAUUAUAGAAGUCUUUUCAAGCGAUUCAAUAAAAUGGAUAAUUUUUUUAUCAUAGGCAUAUCGAAACAAAAGUUCUUAGGAACAGACUUUUAUUCAAGAAAGUAUAUCUUCUGAAGACAAAAAUAAAGGAUGAACGAUAGAAGAUCUUCAUAGAACAAUAAAAUGAACUAUAUUUUAUCAAGGACAUCCAUAUCAACAGUUCUUAGGAAUGGACUUUUAACCAAGGAAUUCUUUCCAAAAAAAAUCCAUUUUAAUGUUACUACGCACUGUUUUAUGUGCCUUCAAAGUACGCUUUUCUGCACAAUCAUCUAUGCUGAACUUUAAUUACUGUAUAAUUCAACACAUACACCAUUGUCAUUUUCCAUUGUUUAAAAUUUUGCUAUAUAAAUAAACAGCACAUUUGUUUUUA